AAUGCGUUGGCCCACCAGUACAAGUUUACAAUGAUGUUUUCAAUCAGUUCCUGCGUGAUUAUCAUAACAAAGAUCUAGAAAUGGGAAAAGAACAUUAUCAAUGGACUCUUGAACUCAUCUAUGAAAUAGCAAAAAUGUAUCAGAAUGAAUCUGAGCAUUCUAAAAAAUUUAGAGAAAAAUUUCGACAAUUGUUCGGCGAAGAAUUAAAAAUAAUUCACCUAGAUGAUGAUUCUUCAAAUGAUGGUACAUUGGAAUGUAAUUACCAUUCAUUGAGUGUAUUACGCCUACUUGCUGAGAUAAAAAAUGAAAUUGGUACUGACAAAUGUGAUCUGACUACCCAGGCUGGAGUUUCUUAUGCGAAAUAUUAUACCCAGGAGAAAAAUGAGGAAUUGCUCAAACAAUGCAACUGGCCGUCUUUUAUCUUAUACUUAGCUGGACCUUGGGUAUGUAUUUUAGGAGCAGUAUACGUUGAGAAACCCAUCGUAGAUCCCUUGACGGACUUCAUACCUCUUAUUCCUACAAACAUUCGAGAUCACGCAGAGCGACUUAUAGAUCAGCCAGACAAGCUUCUUUGGAAAGCUAUAACAAAGGAUAGGCAGGAGAUUGUUGUUAAAUUCAUGUGGCGUUAUAAUCAGAGGGCACAUGAAUUAUGUAGCGAAAUUGGAAAAGCGCCAAAAUUACUCCACGUUAACAAAGAAGUGGUGGAUGGUUUUUAUAUGGUAGUGAUAGAUUAUGUUAAGGCCAAGCCACUUUACAACUGUGGUAGCUCGCUUAGUCAUGAUGAGUGUAAAACGGUUUUCAAGGAUAUUGAAGAAGCUAUCAGCAAAUUGCAUAAGGAAAAUAUCGUCUUUGCUGACCUCCGUCAAUAUCAAGGAAUGUUAAUAGAUUUCGAUUGGGCUGGUGAGGAAGGAAUUGAGUGCUAUCCAUCUUUUAUGAACCAUGAAUAUAUUAAUUGGCCACCAAGAGCUGAGGAUAGGAAGAAACUAA